GAAGCGGAGCCCAGAUGACAAAAAGAACAUGAAGGCAACUUCAGUUAAGUAAACUUGUUUUGCUGUCGGCUUUUUCGAUUUUAAUUUAAAAAAUACGAUUUAUUAAUGAAGUGAAAAAAAAUAUUUAUUGCUGUCACUUGAAGAUCAAGAUCCCGGACUUGUCCCUGCAGUUUUUAUUCACUCGUGAUUAUUUAUUGAAAGGUCAUUGGUGAAUUGAACCAUGGUUUUAACCAAAGAGUAUCGAAUUUGCAUGCCACUGACUGUGGAAGAAUACCGCAUCGGGCAGCUUUACAUGAUUGCCAGGCACAGUCAUGAGCAGUCAGAUGCUGAUGAAGGUGUCGAAGUUGUCGAGAACAGCGAAUGCGAGGAUCCCGUUCAUGGAAAGGGACAAUUUACUGAAAAAAGAAUUCAUCUUUCCAGCAAACUUCCUUAUUGGAUCCAAGCAUUGAUACCAAGAAUUUUUUAUGUCACUGAAAAAGCAUGGAAUUAUUAUCCUUUCACAAUAACAGAAUACACAUGUUCAUUUAUGCCUAAAUUUCAAAUAUCUAUUAAAACUCGCUAUGAAGACAACAAUGGCUCAUCUGAAAAUUGUUUAGGUUUAACGCCAGUAGAAUUAAUCCACCGAGAAGUUGAUUUUAUUGAUAUCGCGUACGACGAAUUGUCAGCGAAACAUUACAAAGAAGAAGAGGAUCCGAAAUUUUUCCAGUCAAAAAAAACAGGACGAGGGCCAUUAAUAGAAGGCUGGCGUGAAACCACACAGCCAAUAAUGUGUUCUUACAAACUCGUUGAUGCAUCAUUUGAAGUAUGGGGGAUGCAAACUCGUGUUGAAGAUUUCAUCCACAAGGCUAAAUUGCAACUGUUUCAGUGCAUAAGAGACAUUUUACUGCUGGGCCAUCGCCAGGCGUUCGCUUGGAUCGACGAGUGGCACGACAUGACUCUCGAUGACGUCCGGGAGUAUGAGAAAAAAAUGCACGCUGCGACAAAUGAAAAAAUUCAACCUAAAACAGAACCAGCUAAUCCGUCACAACCACAAACGCCGUCAGGAUCGAUCCCUUCUUCCCCGAAAAGUCCUACCGCGUCGGCGAAUCGCUCCUGGUUUUCUUGGUCAUAACUGAAAUCAAAUGUCAAUCCACAAUACAUUGGUACUAAUACUAAUGUGCCUGAUCGCGCAACCUGGGUCUAAAUAUUAUUGUUUAUGUAAAUAUUAUUUUUAAUUUUGAUUAACGAAAUGUUGUAUUUAAAUGUAAUGUUAAUUUCAAUUAACUAGCCUUCGUUUAUGUAUACAGUAAUAACCCAAGCAGCAAAAAAAAAUUGUUGACUUGAGGGCAUCCUCAGACAGCCCCCUCCCCCACUCUUUAAAAAUAUUCAAUGACAGCUGUCAUAAUUGUAUUCAAAUUUUAAUUUUAUUAAUUAAUUGAGAAAAAAGUAAAACCUUAAUUGAAAAAUGGACAAUUUUUCCGAGGUAUAGAAUUUUUAAAAAAUUAUUUACAGUUGCUAUCAAUUAGGAGUUUAAAAAAAUUUAUUGAAUAAAUUCUGCAAAAUUUGAAAAUUCAAAUUAUAAAAUUAAUAUGAAGAUUUUCCUGAAAUUUCGUUUAACUCCCAAUUGAUGUCAACUGUAAGUCAUUUUUUUAAAAAUCCAUGCAAUAAAAUUGCAAUUAAUGUUUUAAUUUUUCUUUAAUUAAUUAACAAAAUUUAAAUACUGAUGACAAUUUAAAAUUAUUAAAUAUUUUUGAAAAGUUGAGGGAUUGUUUGAGAAUGACCUCAAGAUGUUUUAACAAAAAGUCAAUUUUUUUUCUGUCACUUGGGGAAAAAAAAUCUUUUAUUUAAUAAAUUAAAGAUUUUUUUCCACGUCUGUUGGAGAGUAAAUUACGUAGGACUUAUCAGUAAAAUUUAUAUUUAUAAAAAUCUCCAUUGUGUUCUAUUGUUUAAAUAAAAAAAAAAAAUAUGUAUAUGAUAUAAGAAAGUAAUAUGCGUUAAAAUGUAAAUUAAAACUAAUUGAUAACUCACACGUUAUAUUAUUGCUUGCACGGUAAUUAAAAAUUAAAUACGAGCUUGACGAAAUUGAAAUAAUAAAUAUUUAUGUGAUAAAUUAA